UAAAUAAUAAAACUUCUAGUUUUAUGUAAUAACUUUAUUUAAAAUCCUCUCAUCAAGCCGAUAAACAUGCUGAUGUUUUAAUAAUAUAUAUCGUGAUUUCACCUGUUGUGUGAAUGUUCAGACUGUAUCAACAUUUCAACACCAUGGGAACAACGAACAGCCAUGAAGAGGUUCCAACAAUUUCCGACUCACCACCCCCACCAUCCAAACCUGAUCAGAUGAAUCGAAUACUCUCAUUUGAUCCCCGCUCCCCUACCAGCGAAAUUCCCCGCACUCCGAUUGUUGUGGAGAAAACUCCAGAGGGAGCCUUACAGGACCCCCUAGACCCUCGCUCACCUACGGUGGGCAUUGACAGGACACCACUGAAUGCUUUACAGCAGACUAAACUGGGGGAACAGAAGCAGGCCUUCAAUGCCAAAACUCACAAAUUAGACCUGGAUAAACUAGAUUUGGCUCCUAACCAUCACCAUCACAGUGACAAAGAAGAAGGCCAGAUGCUACCGGAUGAUAUUCAUAUGCUCGGAGUUACUGGUAUCGAGGAUCUCUCAUUGGAAGAUUUCCCAACAAGCGAAUCAACACGGUUGGUGCCGCAUGAUGAGCAGGUUAUGCUUGAACUGAAGAAUACGAAGCUGAAGAAAAAGAAACAGAAGAACUCACAACCCAAAGAACUGUUCCCGGCCAAGACAACGUCAGCGCUCAAGGACGUUACACGUUCCCCCCUCUCUGCCCGAACCAUUGACGUAAACUCACCGGCAAACAUUAUGCAACGCAAACAGAUUAAAGACAUCGACAAGAAAAUGACAUGUGCUCAAGAAAAUGCUCGCUCAAAAUUUAUCGUGAGAGAAAAAGAAAAUAUGUGAUCUGGUUCAUAAAUUGUCACUAUUAUAUACACUAUCAGGAGUGUGAAUAAAAAAGUAUUACUAAUGGAUAUCUGAUUCUUACCUUUUUGACAUACAUUGAUAUAGCAUUGUUAAGAAAUCUUGAGCAUAAAUUGCUUUAGUAUUUUAACAAAAUAAUUAUUUAAUUCAUUUACGAAACAAGAAGUGAUUAUUGUGUAAAGCUAAAAGAAAUUCCUGUAAUACAACCAAUGUGCUUAUAGCUUGAUCCUGUUUUUUAUAAGGGACUUUGGAUUGCAUUUAAAAUAUUGUUAUAAUCAUAGGAUUUUUGAAAUUUCUACAAUAUCAAUCAGUGUUAAUACUAAACACAGUUUAAUAUAAACUGGAAAUAUCUUGUUCUGAUAAACAGUGUGCUCAAAACAUGGAAAUGUCAACCAUGAAUUGACUUCAAUGAAUGAAAAAAAAUGGCUGAAUUAUUUCAGUUCUUUUUAAUGGGUAUUUUUGAAAAGUAAAAAAAUGAAAAGUUCUGUACAAUAUAAAUCCUAUUAAGUUAUUUUUACACAUCAUGACAUGUAACAUUUAGGGUUUUUGCUCGAAGCUUAUGGGAGGGUGCUGCACCCUGUCCAUUUUUCACCCUUCUGUCCCCAUGGAGACCAGAAUAUGCACCCACCUGCCUUCAACAAAUUAAAUGCUCAAGAUAGUCAAUAAUUUGUUUUGUUGUGAUUAAAACUUGAAAUAUGAUAAUGAAUUCAAACAAACUGAAAUAUAAAUUUAGUAGUUGAAAUCUAAUCUUACUUCAAAUAAGCACACUUUCAUACAUUUUCUAUGAAAUUCAUCAUGCUUUAAUAAUUCACUGCCCUGAUACUAUGUGCCCUUUUGUCUCUCUGCACCCUGUCCCUUUCCUGAAACACCCUGUCUUUUCUAAACUUGGCUUAAACCCUAUACACAUAGUAAUUGAUAUUAUGCCAUUAUAUAUUAUACUGAUCACGAUGCAUCAGCAAAGCACUGGACAUUUUGUAUUUUAUAUCCUGUAGAACACAUACAUGUAACCGGUAUAUACAAUGAUUAUACUAAUGGUUGUUUGUAAUAUGUUAUUGGUGCAGUAUUAGCCAAUAGUUUUGUACGGUGUUCAGUAAGUUACAAUGAUGUAUCAUAUGUGUAGAAGUAAUCACCAAUUAUAUUGGGCAAUUGUAAAAAAAAUAAUGUAUGCUAAUAAAACAUGUACAAAUUUU